AUGAGCACUCCUGAAUUGUCAUCGUUCCCCCACAGAAGUGACGACCAUCAUGCGGAGGCGGAAAACUUUUUGGACUUGAUGAACGCCGAUAUGGACUUUGAACAGGCGUUUUCCAUGUACUCCAAUUUGCAACAAAAAAAUGCCAUGAGUGGCGUUGAACAACUUCAAAAAGUCCAGAAACUUAACGAGCAGUUCAUUUCUCAGCUCAACUCGCCACCACCAGUGGAAAGUGACGUACCGUCCUUUAAUGGCUCGUUGAACCAACUCGCGCCACCGGUGGAUGCUUUGGACCACCACAACAAUAAUUUCACUUUUGACCCGCCUUCGUUGGACAAAUUCGAGUUCCAGCGCCACGACAAGCCGUUUCUCAACUCGGGUCCGCAAGAAUACGACCAGUUUUUCUCCAACACCGAAUCCGAUGCGUUGGAGAAAUUUUUGGAUAAUCUCGCCAACCCCACCGCCAACCCGCUUCUGAUAUACAACCAUGGAGUUCCCACGGGGACCACCCAGCCGCUUGCGGACCUUAACAGUCUAUAUGACUUGCAUACCAUGAAAUCCACGGUUCCUCCCACGCGGCACCAUUCCAAUCCACUUCCUCAUUUCAACGACAACCUCAAACAGGAACUUAACGAUGCAUUUGGCUACCCGCAGCGCCCGGUAGAUACGCAGCUUCCUACGCCUAUGGAUAGCCGCCAGCUGUCGUCGUCGCUGUUCCAAAAAACGUCUCCUAAAAGACCGUACGACUACUCUGACGACUUGCUGCUGCAUGCUUCGCUCUCUACGCCGCCUUCCUCGUCGCCGCUGGGCAGCCUGAGGAUGGCUAAAAAGCAGAAAAAGACUCAGCGGCCGCUUUUGUCGUUGGAACAAAAACGGUUGAAUCACUCCCACUCGGAACAAAAGAGAAGACAGUUGUGUAAAACCGCUUACGAUAGGUGCUUGCGCCUCGUGACAAACAUCCACGACUACCACAUGAAUGACGAAGCACAAACGAAGAAGAAACUGAAGAGAAGACAAAUGACCAAGGAUGGACUUCCCAACUUGUCGAAACACACAGCGUUAAUGAAAAUCUCGGGUGAGAUUUGCAAAUUGAAACAAAAGAACGACAAGAUAAAGCAGCUCUUGGGCGUUUGA